AUGUCUCUCAUUCAGAAGUCGGCCGUCGCCGUGGCCCUCAUUGGUGCCGUGCAUGCUCAGCAAUCCGUCAUCAACAUUUUCUUCCCCGAUGUUGCGGGUGACCUCGUUGGAUCUGUCAUCUCUUCAGAUUCUGCAGCAACCACACUGGUAGUUGCAUGCCCUGCGACCGUCUCCGCCGUCGAUUGUGAACUACCUACCCCAAUCACUGUCACGGCCGGACCCAGCACAUUUGUGGCUGGGUUGGAACAGGUCGUCACCGAGACUGAUACGAUCACGGCCCAGAUUAAUUGCGUUGUGGAGGGAACAACUGCCGCAACAUGUGCGCAGACAUUUGUCGGGCCCGCGAACUGGCUGGUCGAUCAAGAAAGUGCUUCCACGACCAACACCGAAAUCACGACAACCGUCACCACAGAUGUGUUGACAGGAACCGAUGUUACUUUCCAGGCCAUCACGCUCGUGGACUCGAUCGACUCGGGCGCUGCAGCAACAACUGGACCAAGUGGUAGCGGCUCAACCGCAGCAAGUACAAGAUCCGGGACUGGCUCAAGCACUGGUUCGGCCACAGGAACCAGCAGCGGAUCGUCCACGGUUUCUCAAACCGGUUCAUCGACAAGCUCUGGUGCAGGCGCAGCAUCUCAAACUGGAAACAGUGCUAGCCGAACGGACAGCCGUGCCCUGGCAUUCUCUGCUCUUGGUGCAGGAUUGCUCGCUUUGACAGCUUUCGUUCUGUAG